UCAGAGCUGUAGAGGACAUCCUUGAGGUGACGAGCGUACCCGUGUACCCGACUUCAUACGCCCCCGCGUUUGUGGAAUGGCUGCACUACAGAUUGUCAUUAUUAUGGAGUCUGUGCUCGAUCCUCCCUGUGGCUGUUCGCGCACCCUGUUCACGAGGUGGGGAAGUCAGGGUGAGUCUACCGGCCUCACGUCGCGGGAUUGGUUCGUUAUUUUAACCGCCACCUGUCGCUUGCUUGACACACUUCUCUGAAAGCCUCGCACCUGAACAGCGACAUCAUCACGUAUGAGGACGUACACUACGUCUUCUCAGUUCGUGAAAGCCACGUAGCACCUGCGCGGAGGAAUACUUGAGCAGACGGAGGGAGAGGCUGUUUCACAACUGCACGCAGCAUCAACAUGUCCAGUGAACACCGCGCAGGCAGCGGCUGGUUUCCUUCCAUCAAAACCGCGAUAUUCGUUGUAUUUGUUAGCAUCAUCUCGGUUUUUCUCUGCCGACACUUCUGGUCUGCUCCCGACGAUUUCCACACUCCGAACGCUCCGAGGGAUGUGGUGCUGCUGCAUCAGCUGGGCCAUGGCCUUCAGUGCCCCAGCCUGUCGCCCUUCGCCCUCAAGGUGGAGACUUACCUGCGCAUGAAUAACAUAUCGUACAAGAGCCUCUAUGACAGGAAAAUGGGACCCAAAGGGAAAAGUCCGUGGAUCGAAUACAACGGGGAGGUCAUUCCCGACAGCAGUUUCAUCAUCGCCUUCCUCAACCGACAGUUCAACAUCGACAUGAACGCCUUCCUGACGCCGCAUGACCGAGGAGUGGCCACUGCCCUGCAGCGGCUUGCGGAGGACAGCUUGUACUUUCAGCUCGGUCUCUGGAGAGCAGUUUACGACAAAGAGAAGGAAACGUUUCGUGGUAUUGGUCUUAAUUCUUUCUACAUUUGGAUGCUCGAAAGAAAGGCUAAGGACGACGCAUGGCAUCAUGGGAUUGGCCGGCACUCGGAAGAGGAAGUCGCUGUAAUAACCGAAAAGGACCUGUGGGCUCUCUCUGAAAUUUUAGGUGACAAACAUUUCUUUUUUGGUUCAACGCCCACGGAGGUGGACUGCACGCUUUUUGGCCAUUUGAGUCAGUUUGUGUGGCAAGCACGUCGUUCACCUGGCGAAAAGCUUAUUAACGAAAAGUUUCCCAACCUGAAGUCCUACUGUGAGAGAAUGAAAGAGAAAUUCUGGCCGGACUGGAACGAACUUCUCUUCCACGCUCAGCAAGACAAGAGUGCGAGUUCAUGAGUUCAUGAGCGAACGACUGUGUUUGCGCGAGUGCGCGCACGUGUUUUGAACUCCUUAACACUUUCUGGAAAAAACAUGUUGGCAGGGCAACCUUCACAAACACUGGCACACAACUCUUGGUGUUUCGAUUGUUAAAAUGGCAUUUGGUCGACUGACCUCCCCUCAUACCUGGACUACCUGCUAGCCCCCACCUCCCACAUUACAAAUGUUGAUUUAAUACUAGUGUUGGUCAAAACACUACCUUCCACUGCUGAUCUCAGAUUGAAGACAUUUUUGUGGUAAAUACUCGAUUCUAGAGGUUAGUCUUCAUAUUCUGCUGGAAUCCUAAAUUGAAAGACAAGGUGAGCGAGGAUGGAAACAUGCACGUGCGUUGUUGAGAGAUGGGAUGUAAAUAUUUAUGUAAAAGCUGGUCUACAUUAAAGUCUGUUUAUCUCGUUUUUCUUUCAUCGUGGAUGUUGCUCACAGUCACUUGUUAUACAAGGUUGUUUAUUAGUCAUCGAUGUGAUGCAGUGUAUUCAUUAGUCAUUGGGAUCCAAUGUUUUGUAAGUCGCUUAAAUCGCACUUGGACUUCAGUGUUCAACUGGUCUUUUUGAAUGUUGGCAUUUAAACUCCUCUUGAAAUAUUUCAUUAUCAUCGGUUUCACUAGAGCUAGGCGUGCUGUUUCUUGUGCCGAUGUAGCGAAACUGUAGCUUGGCAGACAUCAAGGUAACUGCACAUUCCUCAC